AUGAGUUAUCAAUCCUCACAACUCCCUGAAGAUGAGUCUAUUAACAGAAAACUAUUACAAGAAACUAAUAGAUCAUUGAAAAUAGCACAAGCAGAAUUAACUGUAAAAAAAGUCUAUAAAACUAUGGAAUAUGAAAAGAUGAUGAAAAUUUUAAAUGAAAGGAGAAAGGAUGUUGUUGUGGGGUUAUCUGACCAGAAAAGUGAAGAGUCCCAACAAAGCAAACCAAUAAAAAAUGAUGAUGUUACUUCACCAAAACCACAAAUUAAUAACAAAGGAGUGCCAUUUUUCUGGAUUAGAGCAUUAAAUGCUGUUAGUUUGUUCUUAUCUUAUAAUACAGUAGAAGAAGAUUUAGUUGCUUUGUCGUACCUCAACGAUAUCAAAAUAACAACAUUAACACCAUCAUUUGAUAUGAAGUCAUUAACAAUCAAAAUGGGAAAGGAAUUAUCAUUCUUUUUUGAUAAGAAUCCAUAUUUUACUAAUGAUCAUUUUACAAUUAGAAUGAUAUAUCGAGCAAAUGAAAAUGGAGAACGUAUUGGUUCAACUGGAAGAAUUAAAGUUAUAACAAAUGGAAUUGAUUGGAAAGUGAAUUUAUUAGAGAUUAACUCAUCAUCAUUUUUUAAUGUGUUUAUACAAGAAUUAGUCAAUGAAGAAGAUUAUGAAAUUCUUGAUUCAGUUUUUGAUAACUUUAAUACUAAAGCCAUCCAAUAUUUUUAUCAAUUCAAUUAA